CUUGCAACUUCACUUUAAUAACCUCAAAGGAAAAAACAAAGAGAGGUACCAAAAGGAGACCUUAUUCUUUGCUCCGAUCAUCGAUGGAGAGAUACGACAUCUUAAGAGAUCUUGGCUCCGGUAACUUUGGAGUUGCAAAGCUUGUGAGAGAGAAAACCAACGGAAAGUUUUACGCUAUUAAAUACAUCGAAAGAGGCCUUAAGAUUGAUGAACAUGUACAGAGAGAGAUCAUAAACCACAGAGACUUGAAACAUCCCAAUAUCAUCAGAUUCAAAGAGGUUUUUGUAACACCAACACAUCUUGCCAUAGUAAUGGAAUAUGCAGCAGGUGGUGAACUUUUUGAAAGAAUUUGCAGUGCCGGCAGAUUCAGCGAAGACGAAGCAAGGUACUAUUUCAAACAACUUAUCUCGGGCGUUAGCUAUUGUCACGCUAUGCAAAUAUGUCACAGAGACCUUAAGCUCGAGAACACACUCUUAGAUGGGAGCCCUUCGUCGCAACUCAAAAUAUGCGACUUCGGAUAUUCGAAGUCAUCGGUUUUACACUCUCAACCAAAAUCCACCGUGGGAACUCCGGCUUACGUUGCCCCGGAGGUCCUGUCCCGAAAAGAAUAUAACGGGAAGAUUGCAGAUGUAUGGUCGUGUGGGGUAACUCUAUAUGUAAUGUUAGUUGGUGCUUAUCCCUUUGAAGAUCCAGACGAUCCAAGAAACAUUAGAAAAACCAUUCAGAGGAUAUUAAGUGUACAUUACACCAUACCGGAUUACGUCAGGAUUUCCUCGGAAUGCAAGCAUCUCUUAUCCCGUAUCUUCGUGGCUGACCCUGAUAAGAGAAUAACUGUACCGGAAAUUGAAGAACACUCUUGGUUCGUGAAGAAUCCACAGCCGGUUAUCUCAAAUAAGGACAUAGUGGAAGAAGAAGAAGAGGAGGAAAAAGAAGAAGAGACGUGUAGACAGAGUGUUGAAGAAAUAGUGAAGAUAAUAGAAGAAGCAAGAAAAGAUGUGAAUGGUAGGAAGGAUGAUGGUGGAUUAGGACUAAUAGAUGGAAGCAUGAUUGAUCUUGAUGAUAUUGAUGAUGAGGUCGAUGAUGAUGAUGAUGAUGAGGAGAAAAACGGUGAUUUUGUAUGUGCCCUAUGAUUUUCAUAUCCAUCUUGCAUGUUGUGUAUGUGUUCAUACGUGUAUUUUUGUGUGUGUGUUGCCUGAGAAUAUCCGAUGAUUUCGUGUUGCAUAUAGUAUAUUUGUAUGACUAAUAUAAGUGGAAAAUAAUUAACCACUAAUCAAAGUCAAAUAAAGUUAUUAAAUCAUGUAUAUUUUAUUUACAUUAUUUGUUAAAAUGCACAGAAGCCAAA